AAAGUUUGGCUCCUGUGCUGCGGAGGGAGGGGGCGGCCCGGCCCGGCCCAGCUCUGCCCCCGGCCGGCCCGACCCCGGCCCCGGCCCCCGGACAAGUCCUUAUCUGAUCCUAGCUCCGGGUUUAAGAGUCCUGGCCCAGCCCGUCGCACGGCUCCGCUCUUCACUCCUGCCCUCCCCGUGUCCGUCCAUCUGUCCCGCUGCCCCGCAGCCCAUCCGAGGGACCACUCCACUUUCAACCCAAGAUUCUUCUCUUGCCUGACUGGUCAGUGCUACUGUCCAGGCUGAAGCCAAGCUGUCCAGGACAGUACUGAGGCCCUGGAAGGGGCAGAGAGAAGUCCUAACACAAGAGAAGUCCUAACAUAAGAAGUCCUAACAAGGGACAACAGUGAGAUGAAACUGCAGAAAGAUUGGACAGAGAUGACAUCAGUUGCCAAGGUGUAUUACAGCCAGACCACUCAGACAGAAAGCCGGCCCCUAGUGGGCCCACCGAUACGACGGCGGAGAGUCCUCACGAAAGAUGGCCGCAGCAAUGUGAGAAUGGAACACAUUGCUGACAAGCGCUUCCUCUACCUCAAGGACUUAUGGACAACCUUUAUCGACAUGCAGUGGCGCUACAAGCUCCUGCUCUUCUCUGCAACCUUUGCAGGCACCUGGUUCCUCUUUGGUGUUGUGUGGUAUCUGGUGGCUGUGGCCCAUGGGGACCUGCUGGAGCUGGGCCCCCCUGCCAACCACACCCCUUGUGUGGUACAGGUGCACACACUCACUGGAGCCUUCCUCUUCUCCCUUGAAUCCCAGACCACUAUUGGCUAUGGCUUCCGCUACAUCAGUGAGGAGUGCCCACUGGCCAUCGUGCUUCUUAUUGCCCAGCUGGUGCUCACCACCAUCUUGGAAAUCUUUAUCACAGGUACUUUCCUGGCAAAGAUUGCCCGGCCUAAGAAGCGUGCGGAGACCAUCCGUUUCAGCCAGCAUGCAGUUGUAGCCUCACACAAUGGGAAGCCCUGCCUUAUGAUCCGGGUUGCCAAUAUGCGUAAGAGCCUUCUCAUUGGCUGCCAGGUGACAGGAAAACUGCUUCAGACUCAUCAAACGAAGGAGGGUGAGAACAUUCGGCUCAAUCAAGUCAAUGUUACUUUCCAAGUAGACACAGCCUCGGACAGUCCCUUCCUCAUUCUGCCCCUUACCUUCUACCAUGUGGUAGAUGAGACCAGUCCCUUGAAAGAUCUCCCCCUUCGCAGUGGUGAAGGUGACUUUGAGCUGGUGCUGAUCCUAAGUGGUACAGUGGAGUCCACAAGUGCCACCUGCCAGGUGCGCACUUCCUACCUGCCGGAGGAGAUCCUUUGGGGCUAUGAAUUCACACCUGCCAUCUCACUGUCGGCCAGUGGCAAAUACAUAGCUGACUUCAGCCUUUUUGACCAGGUUGUGAAAGUGGCCUCUCCUAGUGGCCUCCGUGACAGCGCUGUACGCUAUGGAGAUCCUGAAAAGCUCAAGUUGGAGGAGUCAUUAAGGGAGCAAGCUGAGAAGGAGGGCAGUGCCCUAAGUGUGCGCAUCAGCAAUGUCUGAGGGCCUGUUUCCACCUUCCCAGCCCUCUGGCCUCUUUUCCUCUCUUUUGAAGCCCUGGGCAAGGGAUACUACCUGGGGUCACUGGAGAGUUCCAGAAGCAUCCAUCCUCCAUUCUCCCUUCUUUAACCCAGAGGCCUUUGGAAGUCUGAACCAACUGGAGUUCAAGUUUUCCUCCCUUUGUCUCCCCCACCUCCCCCUGCUUCUACCCCAAUGCACACAACUCCCUUAUGCCAGGAUGGGUGAAGGAGAGGGAAGAUUCGGCUGGAGUGGCUUAAAAGGCCUCAGCCAUGCUUGGAGACUUACUUUAGAAGGAACAUGUGGUUGGAUGGAUAGACUGUGCCUUCCUUCUGCCACCACAAGUGUUUGGUGACUCUCCAUCUCCAUUUCUAUGUAGCCAGUUCCUUAAGGAAAGGUUUUCUCUAAUGGUCACCUUGUAGUCUGUGCUCAGAAAUACAGGAACCUGAAAUCAGUAUAUCUUGGGGAUUCUACCAACCCUUGUUGAAAGCAACUAAAAUUUUUCAUGAUGUAUCUAAUUUUUCUUGGUAACUUCUGGUCAUAACCUGGGUCCUUGGAUACUACCAUUUCCCCUUUUCUAUUCUCAAGUGGACAUUCUCAGGAUAACCAGUUCUCUCAUAGCUUCUGUCCCCCAGAGAAUCAGUAUUAACUGGAGAAACAUAUAGUCAUGACCUACAUACUUGCACCCAUUCUGGAUUCUAAAUCUUCAGUUUUGGAGCUGUUGUCCAAAACUUUGAACGCAUCCUCCAGGCAGCCCUGGGAAAAUUUGUUUCCCUGUGUUCUCUGAAUGGGAGGAUCCUCGCCAGUAUGUUCCCUCAAAUAAGUCCAGUGCCCAAGCCUCAUGAAAAGGUCUGAAAAUGAUACUUCAGAUUGCACUGUACCUGGCUUCUCUUCUUCCUUUCCUAUUUAGCCCAGACUCCUCUUCCUUUAACCCCAACCCUUUAGAGAAAGGAAGAGAAAUGUGAGGACUUCCUUCUCUUAACACAGAUGCUCAACUAAAAGUAGAUCCUCAGGGUAUAGAUUCCCCAGGAAAGUUAAGCCAACCACAUGGGAUGGGCAACUUCUCCGAUUUCUAGACUGCUCUACAGAGCCUCUGGGUAUUGGUGAUGCUUUUGUUAAGGUUUGUGCAGAAGCAGAAUUCUCUGGCUAGCAACCACUAUUUUGUUACACCUCCUGGUAUCUUUCUGAAAAAUGACAGUUAUUUCACCAGGCAGUACUGGGAGGGGAGGAAAUUAUACCUCCAGAUCAAAUACCCAUGAUCUCCUUUAGCUACUCUGAGAUUUGGUAUAAAAUCAUGAAAAUCAGUAUAAUUUCUACUCUCCUCUACCAUGGGGCCUGUUUCAGGCAAGUUAAAAAGCCUCUUUAGGAGAUGAUUCAGGCAAUCCCUUGUUCCCUAGUGGGGAGUAUGGCAAACGUCCUGGAAGGGCAUAUAGACACCAAAAUUUCUGUAAUGUCCCAAAUCCUAUGCAUGUUUUCUGGUUUCAUUUAUGUAUGAAGGAACCCCUUCAAAGUUGUUUGGCAUAGAAUCCCUGUAUGAAUCAAGUGGCAGUUUAUUUAAGAUGAACUUGACCAACUGUUAUAAGCCACACACUUAUACCAAGUGUAUACAUGCUUCUCUGUGCAGAUUUCUCCUUGCAGAAAAUCUCACUCAGUUUCAAGGCUGGACCUAUUCAACUGGCAUAUUCCUCUCAUACUGAUCUCUCCUUGAACUCAACUAACUUUAUCUUGAAAAUGAAGACCCUUGAGUCUCCACUUACUGUAAACCACACCAUUACUCUCCAGCCCUCAUAUAAACAAGAACCAGAAAAACUUGAAAAUCUGAAACAAAGAACAGAAGGCAAGGAGCCAGCUUCUGUGCUCUCAACAUUAUUCAACAUUAAACUUAUCUGAUUUCUUUCAACAUAUAAGGACAAAAUGUACUGCAGUGUGUGUGUGUGUGUGUGUUCUUAUCUAUUUGUUCCCCAACUGGUUUCUUCUGUGCACUGCUGCUUUCCUUCUGAAGGAAGUAUUCUCUUCCUGUUCCCCUGCUGUCUUAUUCUGAGCCCCACUCUGGCUCUCAGAUUCCUGGAUAACAAGGUGCAAAGAGAACAUUUUCUGAUUUAAUCUUUUUUGAACCUCCUCUGCUAUCCCAGGCUUUGCUUUAAGUUGCACUUUAAAUCAUACUGUCCUAUUAGUGUAAUCUGGCAUCUUCUUCGAUAAGCCCGUUCUUCCCCAACAAUUUAUCCCACCCUCAACCCUAAAUGGUUCUUUAGACUUCAGCCUGUCUCCUCUGUCCUGGAAUCCUCUUUCAAGGCUUUAGGAUAAUCUUUGGAAGUAGCUGGGUGUGGUGAGAAAUGGGCCCCAUCUCCAUCAGCCAUAAACUUGGAAUGUCAGCAUAAUAGCCAUAAAUGUUAAGGGGGAGAUUUCAGAAGGUGGGUAAAAAACAACUGAUGGGAAAGGAUACUCAGGGUGUGAAGAUAAGAAAGAAUGGGGCUGAAGGACUUGGUGAAAUCAAUGAGACCCUUGAGACUUUCUUGGGAUGGCAAACAAGGGAUGGGUAGAGUCUUGGGGAAUUAGGAUAUGAUACAUAUGAAAGGUUUAUCUAAGGAGAAAAAAAGAGAUAAUAUAUACAGAGAGAUAUGUAUAAAGAUGUAUAUAUGCCCAAAUAUACAGAAUGUACAGAAACUAAGUAUUCAGAGAACUUAGAAAAGGGGGCAGAUAUUUUGCCUUGAUUGUGGAGUAUGACACCCAAAAUUUUAGACUUACAGUGACCCUGGUUUCAACAUGGAAAUAAGAUGGUUGAUGGAUUUCAGAUUUGGUGCUGAGAAACAGAGAUGAAAGCUUCUUUUCAGAAAUAAGGAGGCAGACAUUGAUGGUUUUGAUGAGCUCUUGCUACUGAUAGGACCAGGAAGAGGGGGGAUAGAAGGAAAUGGGUGGGGGAGAUACUCUAUCCAUGCAAAUCUAGGAAAAUCUACUACUUAAACUAUGUACCCCCAUCCCUAGCAGAAUUCUGCUAUUGUAGCACCUUUUUAAAUAAUGAAUAAACAAAUAAAUAACGCACACAGGC